UCCAGUAGCAGUCGGAUUGCGUUUAUCAGAUGAUUAGCUAGAUGCGCAUCGUACAUUUCAGUAAGUAGUGGACAUCCGACCGCGUUCAGUGGCACUUGUAUCUGCGGAGGUGGUGUGACACGUGGGUGUCAUGUACCAAGGCGCGACAGUUGACCGCAAGCGAAAUCCGCGCGAGCGCGCUGGUCUCUUCCGGGUCUUUGCCUUUUUGUAUACAGUAGACAUCUUCCGGAAGGCUCGACAUCGGGAUCUGAUUGAAGAUGAUCUCUAUGAACCGCUGCCCGACUUUGGAACAUCGUUUAUUGGUGAUCGGCUUGAGUUUGAAUGGCAGAAGGAGAAAGAAAUUGGUAGAAAUUCACUUACCAGGGCAUUGAUGAGGGUUUUUGGAAGGACCUAUAUUCUAUGUGGUAUUGCAGCACUUUUUAUCAAAACAACUCUUGCAACUACAACUCCAUUGCUAGUUGGUCGUUUGGUGUCGUAUUUUGCACCUGAUUCUACCAUGACACAAGAAACUGUCUGUAUUUACGGUGGUUUGUUACUGUUAAGUGGAUUCAUCCAAAGUGCCUUUGAUCAACACUAUCAAUUGAUGAUGGCUAUUUUGGGCCUUAAAAUUAAAGCUUCCAUUGUUUCCCUCCUUUAUCGAACGUCUUUACGUUUGACAAGUGCAUCUCUAAUGAAGCUCACCAGUGGUAAACUGGUAACCCUUGUGAACAAAGACGCUGGCGCCUUUGAAACCGCCGUAUCUCGUUUUCAUGAUCUGUGGAUUGGAGUUAUUCAGCUGUUUAUUGUCAACUACGUCAUGUACCAGCAGAUCCAGGAGGCCAGCUUUGUUGGCGUCGCUUUGCUCCUAGUUUUGAUUCCUGUUCAAGUUAUCCUUGCAAAAUACACGAAAAUCACGCGACUCAAAAUGGCGGCGAAAACUGACGAGAGAUUAAAACUAAUGCAAGAGAUUCUAACGUCAAUUAAACUUUUAAAGUUGUAUAAUUGGGGAGGAUACUAUACUAAAUUGACAAAUAAUAUAAGAAUUCAAGAAAUGUCAAAACUACGAAUAAUUUUCUACCUCAAAUCUUGUGUAAUGAUUCUGAGUCAAAUCAGCGAUCGACUGUCUUUCUAUUUAUGCAUCAUGUUUUACAUUUACCAAGACAAUUUCAUCACAGCCGAAAAGACCUUUAUUAUAAUUGGGUGUUACCAUACUCUCAGAAUGGUACUCACCAUUUCUGUACCAUGGUUUAUCACGCAGUUUGCCGAAGCUCGCAGUGCUAUGAAGCGUAUCAAAGAAGCGCUGCUGAUUGAAAACGUCCCAGAAUCAUCAAAUAAUAUAAAUGAUCAAGAAGUUAAAGUUAUUGUUAAAGGUGCCACUGUAGACUUUCUGGGACAACGUAUUCUAAGUGAUAUUAAUUUGCAAGUAAGAUCUCCUUCUUUGAUUGCUAUAACAGGCAAUGUUGGUAGUGGAAAAAGUACAAUGCUAAAGAUGUUGCUAAAUGAAAUUUACACCGAAUCAGGAAAUGUUCACGUUAAUGGUACUGUGAGUUAUGCAUCACAAGAUCCAUGGUUAUUCCCAGGGACCAUCAGAGAGAACAUUUUAUUUGGUCAAAGUUUCAAUAGCGAACGAUAUCAAGAAGUAGUGAGGAGAUGCGCAUUGAUUCAAGACCUGGAGAGUUUUCCAAUGAAAGAUAACACUGUUGUUAAUGACAAAGGUUUGAAUCUGAGUAAAGGACAACAGGCAAGAAUUAAUUUAGCACGUGCAGUGUACAAAGAAGCGGAUAUUUAUUUAUUGGACGAUGUUAUGGUGUCUUUAGAUGCCACUGUAAGCAAAUAUAUCUUUGAGAAUUGCUUCCAAGGACUGCUCAAAGCCAAACUAGUAGUAUUUGUUUGUCAUAACAAGAAAUAUCUUAAACUUGCUGAUAAAAUUCUUGUUUUGAACAAAGGAAGUAUACAAGCAGAAGGAAAAUACAAAGACUUGAAGAAUUUAGGUAUUGAGUUUACAGUAGAUACAAUUGAUUCAACGAUUGAAACUCAAGAUGACAUCAGAAAGAAAUCUGAAAAAUGUGAGAAGAUACAUGAAGAGGCAGUCAUGUUAACAAACACUAAACAUGUUGCACAACGAUUAUAUUUAGAGGGUAAAGAAGAAGGAAAAGUUAAACUUUGUGUUUACAAAGCUUAUUUGGAUAGUGCUGGAGGAUGGCUGGUAUUAGUAGGACUUCUAAUGCUUUUUACCUGCACACAGACUUUUCAGAGUUAUUUUGAUUACUAUAUACAGACCUGGUUAAAAGUGGAAGAGUCAAUGAGCAGGUUAACAUAUAAUAUAUCAAUGAACUAUACAAAUGUAACAUUUGACAGCGAUACUUACGAGGAAGUAUACGCACAACAUUUGGGGACAAUUUACACCUACUCUUUCCUGAUGGGAAUGGCAAUUGUAUCAGUGAGCAUCCAAUUGUUUAUUUUCUUUGGACUUGCUACGAAAGCAUCAAAGUUCUUACAUAAUUCUAUAUUUACCAAGGUCACGAAUGCAACGAUGAACUUCUUUGAUCAGAACUUAUCUGGGAAUAUUCUCAAUCGGUUUUCGAAGGAUAUGGGAACAAUUGAUGAAUAUUUGCCUUAUGUGGUUUAUGAAUCUUUUAGGGUGUUAUUCUUUACAGUGGGUAUAAGCACGGUCAUUUCAGUUGCUAGCCCUAUUUUGAUUCUGCCUACUUUGAUCAUGAUAACGUUGAUGCUGUUAUCAAGGAAAAGUUUUUUGGUUGCCAGCAGAGGAUUGAAGAGAUUAGAUGGAAUGACGAGGGCACCUGUUGUUGGUUACUUAAACUCAUCCCUGGAGGGUCUUACUACAAUUCGAGCGAGUGGUAAUCAAACUCUAUUAAUACGCCAGUUUGAAAGGCAUCAAGAUUUAAACACUUCAACCCUGUAUAUGUAUUUUUCAAUUGCGAAAGCCUUUGGUUUCUGGUUAGAUUGUAUGUGCAAAGUAUAUGUGGCUUUAGUUAUUUAUUCAUCAAUCUUUAUGAGUGAUAGAGGAGAGGGAUCUGGUGGUAAAGUUGGUUUGAUUAUAACGCAAGCCUUUGGAAUGAUGGGUUUACUCCAAUGGGGAAUCCGUCAAUGGGCUGAACUGGAGAAUCAAAUGACUUGUGUUGAACGUCUGAAUGAGUACUCAGAUACUGAACAAGAAAAGCACGCAGGAGUAGAUCCAGAUAGCUGGCCACUGAAGGGACACAUUGAAUAUCGUAAUGUUUGCAUGACGUACUUUACAGGCAAACCGGUUCUAACCAAUGUAAACUUUGAAAUAUUUUCUGGAGAACGUGUGGGUAUUGUCGGAAGAACCGGAGCAGGAAAAUCUUCAAUCAUAUCUGCUUUAUUCAGACUGUACAACAUCAAAGGCUCCAUUACCAUUGACGAAUUUGAUAUUAGAGACGUUGAACUACCAAUUGUACGUUCAAAAAUCUCUAUUAUCCCUCAGGAUCCUGUCCUUUUUGCUGGUACAAUACGCACGAAUCUUGACCCAGAUGGUCAACAUACAGAUAUGCAGUUGUGGAACACCCUGGAGAAAGUGGAACUUAAAAAGGAUGUGGAAUGUCUUUCAGAUGGGUUAAGUACAGUUGUGCAAGAGGGUGGGGGUAACUUUAGCGUAGGACAACGCCAAUUGAUUUGCUUAGCCCGAGCUGUGUUGAGAGAUAAUAAAAUCCUCGUGUUGGAUGAGGCUACGGCUAAUAUUGACCCGACAACAGAUGCGCUCAUUCAGAAAACAAUUCGUAGGUUGUUUUCGCAUUGUACAAUAUUGACUAUUGCACACCGGUUGCAUACAGUUAUUGACUCUGAUAGGAUUCUUGUCGUGGACAAUGGAGAGGUGAUAGAUUUUGAUACGCCUAGGAAUUUAGUGCAAAGAGGAAGUGGACCGUUUUACAAUAUGGCCAAACAAGUUGGUUUGGCAGAUCAAUUUAUAGAAGAAAAUCAAAAAGAUAAAUAAAUUGUUAUAUGUUGAUACUAUCAACUUGAUAGUUAUGUAAGUCUUGUAAUAAAUUGUUAAAUAUGUUAAUUCCAUUCAAAUGGUUAAUUAAAAUUAGGAAAUUUUCAAAAAUUAA